AUGUUUUUACGACAUCUCCCAUUACUUGCCUUGGGAGCCUGGGCUACCCAACCCGUGGCUGGCUAUGUCUCUCAAGCCAGAGACCAGGAAGGGACAUGUAAGAAGACGACUGUCGCGAUUCUAGGAGCUGGGAUAUCAGGUAUCUCAGCUGCCCAAACAUUAUCAAACGCGUCGAUGCAUGAUUUCCUGAUUCUCGAAUAUCGUGACCGAAUUGGCGGUCGUGCUUGGCACGAGAACUUCGGGAAGGAUAAAGAUGGAAAGCCUUACGUGGUAGAAAUGGGUGCCAAUUGGGUUCAAGGACUUGGAAACCCAGGCGGGCCUGAGAACCCCAUCUGGACUCUUGCCAAAGAAUUCGGCUUGCAGACUACAUACUCUAAUUACAGCAAUAUCUCGACGUAUAAUCGGGAUGGGUAUAGAGAUUACUCCCAUCUGCUGGAUGAGUACGACGAAGCCUAUGAUGUCGCCAGCCCGGCGGCUGGAAGGAUCCUCACCGAAAACCUCCAGGACCAGACGGCGAAGGCCGGAUUGGCGUUGGCUGGAUGGAAGCCCAAGUCGCAUGACAUGGAAGCGCAGGCGGUCGACUGGUGGAAAUGGGAUUUUGAAUCAGCCUUCGCACCGCUGGAGAGUUCGUUUGUAUUCGGUGUCGCGAGUAGUAACUUGACAUCGAAUCAGUUCAGUGACGAAGACAACUUUGUCACAGACCAGCGGGGAUUCAACACCAUUAUCAAAGGUAUGGCUUCAAAGUUUCUGACGGAGGACGACCCUCGCUUGCUUCUCAAUACGAAGAUCACAAACAUUACCUAUGGACGCGAGGGCGUCACUGUCUACAGUAGCGAUGGAAACUGUGUGCAGGCCGCGUACGCCAUCUGUACAUUCUCGCUCGGUGUCCUACAGAACGACGUCGUCACCUUUAGCCCCGAACUGCCCGAAUGGAAGAAAACUGCGAUUCAGAUGUUCACUAUCGGCACAUAUACGAAAAUCUUCUUGCAAUUCAACGAAACCUUCUGGCCUACGGACACUCAAUACUUCUUGUACGCCGACCCAACCACCCGUGGCAACUACCCACUCUUCCAGUCCUUGUCCAUAGACAGUUUCCACCCUAGAUCCAACAUCAUUUUCGUGACUGUCACCAACGAGCUUGCCCGGAGGGUCGAGCGUCAGUCCGAUGAGCAGACCAAGAAGGAAAUCGUCGACGUUCUGCGUAACAUGUUCCCUGACGUUGACGUCCCAGAACCCACAGACAUCCUAUAUCCCCGCUGGAGCACUGAGCCAUGGGCCUACGGCAGCUACUCUAAUUGGCCAAUGGGUACAACACUGGAAAUGCACGAGAAUUUACGGGCAAAUACGGAUCGACUGUGGUUUGCUGGCGAAGCUACUAGCCAGUCUUACUUUGGCUUCCUGCACGGAGCAUGGUUUGAAGGUCGCGAUGCAGGCAGACGGAUUUCUGGGUUGUUGAAGGGCUGUAAGGGGCGUAACUCCACUGUAUGUGGCCCUAGAAAGCGAUACCCGGUGCUUCACGGGACGUCGCCGCUGGCCGAUUACAGUUUCGUAAAUGGAUGGGAAGUCAGCAGUUUCUAUGACAGUAAUGAUGACUAG